AAAAAAUUUAUUAUUCACACAACGCAAAAAAUAACCUCCGGCCUUCUUUUUCUCAUUCCCUGGGAUCCGUGUGCCCUCUCUCUAUAAACCACAACUUCUCUCGCCUACUCAAUUUAGAAAAGAGUUGCCGCUGAGGAUCCGUUUGUAUUGGUUUACGAAUACUACCUCUCUUUACCUCAUCCUUCCCCCCCUCCUCCCUCGUCCUUCUUCCCUACCUAUCCUCUGGAAUCAUUUCUACAUCCAUCAAUCAUAACCACCCCGCCGCCUGGCCUUCUGCGUUUUCUCCCGAUACCCUCGUGACGAAGCAACGUAACAAGCAAAUACACCGGCCUCGGUUCUGAUUCUGGUUCUGGUUCUGAUUCUAGGCUACGAGUUUAUUCAAUCGACACGUCUUUCUCGUCCAACACGCUCUUGUUUCCUAUUUACGAGAGCAGGCAAAGCAGGACAGUAGCAUAAGCAUUUUUGGGUUUACUGCCUCGAAAUUAUCUACUGUUCACACCAACCUUACUUCCCCCCUCCCCCUGUUGCCUCCCUUCGUCGAAAGUUAGUCGCCUACUGCUCUAGGCUGCCAUUUUUCGAUUCAAUAAACGCCUCUACGACAUUGUAGAAUCUUUCCCUCUUUCCAUCAGAAACAUCAGUCACGGCUCAAGCCCAGCAUUCGCCCACAAUCCAACCGAUUUCCUGGAUGUCCAUUUUGGCCUGAGGACCUCGGCUCAACGGACACCUGACUCUCAGUUUUAUAUCCUCGUACUCGAUACGCACCCCCGAAUUUCGACUCGUUGUCCGAGAAUCUUAUAUCCCCGCGCCCUCAUUAUUUAGAGGUCCACAGAUAGUCACUGUAUCGCACGUAGGUGCUUUGCCUCUCUCCUUGCGUGGAAGGGGUUGAGAGACAUCCUGGGGUUUUCGAUCCCUGAGCAAUACAUUGAUUUUCCCUUCUACUGCGACCAAGGUGAUUUCGGCACCUUCAGCUCAGAAUUUCCUACCAGUUUAAGACGGCAAGCCUGUCCUACGAGGCUCAACCUGAAAUGAGUCCAUCAGCCAUCGUUGAGUCCAACGAAAUGGCCGCUCAAUCAACUUUUUCCUACGCACAAGCUGCGAAGGGUCAAGGCACUACCCCUGCUUCAAAUCCUACAGCUGUCGCCGAUGCUGCUGCUCCUUCCCAGGACGCGCAAGCUUCCAUUGCCGAUGAUGAUGUUCCGGCUCCUGCAACCGACGUGAAGUCGACUGCUACUGCCACUGAGCAGGCCAACUCUGAAGCUCCUGAGACCACGGAGCACCGCGCUGCCUUCUCUGAAAAGCAAGGCCACGAGAGUGUUCCCGGAUCCGAGAGCGAUACCCGCUCCGAGUCGACACAAAGCAGACGAACAGACUCGAGGCGCGAAGAUGAUUCUGGUAGGCUAGAGCGCCCGUGGCGACGGAACGAGAAGACACCGGGGUCAUCAAGCACUACUGCCCGGUCUGUAGACGAGCAGGACUCCCGAAAGGCUAGGCGAAAUAAGAAGGGUAAGACUUCUGAGAAGCAACCCAGUGACCAGACGACAGAAAAGGAGCAGGAGGCGGCCCCUGAGGCCCCCAAGGUCGAGCUCUCAGAAGCACCUAUCCCCAGCGUCAACAUCUGGCAUAAGCGAAAGGAGGCACAGCAGGCCAAGUCUGUCAAACCUGCUCCCACACCUGCGGAAGCUACAGUGAAUGGCACUUCAUCUCAGAGGGAUGAGAGGAAGACUGAGGAAUCUACUACAACACCAUAUACGAACGGUAUCAAGACUCAGCAAAAGCCGGCCAGUACUGUGCGGUCGGAGCGCAAUGGCCCCCGGGGGUCGCGGAUACAUGAGAAGGAUGGCAAGAACGAGGUUCCUCCAUCCGUUGAGGAUUCUACAGCAUGGCCAACUCCUGAAACUGCAAUCACGGCUAUUAAGGAGGAUAGCAAGAAGAAGGUCGCAGACAAGACACCCGAGAAGUCAGACCGCUCUGAUAAGGACAGUCAAGAAGAUGGCAGCGCGUCAAAGCCCCGACAGAAAUGGGUGGCUAUGGACUAUGUCCCCACAGUCAGCUUCGAAACCCAGCUUCCUCAAAUGCGUAGCUCUAAGCCACGGGGUGGUGCUCGUGGUAACCGAGAUGCCGCUCCUCGAGGCACGGCCAACGGUGUAGCGGACAAAACCGCUUCUACCGCGCCUGCCAAUAAGACCAACGACACUAAGCCCAAAGACAACACCAACAAUGCCGCAUCGCAACUGGCAGCCGUUAAACGCGGGGCAGCGGAUGGUGUUAACGGCCAGAAAAAGACUCCUGCCAGCACUGGCUCUGAGAAGGCCAAAGAUACGCCUGCCCAGUCUUCGGAGAUUUCUCAAACUCGAGACCGGCAUGAUAACCGCAGUGAGAGAGGUCGAGGCAAUUAUCGAGGACGAGGUGCCCAUCACGGCCAUUCACAAUCUCAGCAUGCUAUUUCUGCAUCCGGGUUCCAUGGCCAAGGCGCCAACGCUGCCAGAUCUCAGGGUUACAGUCCCCCCUUGCGACAGGGUGGUCAUGGUGGCAUGUUUACGCCUCCUUCUCAGCGAGGCCGUGGUCGCAAUGGUGCUAACAACUUCCAUCGUGUAUCAGUGCCGAACGGCGGAUCUCGUAUGCCUGUUGUGCAAGCUCAAUAUUCGCCUUACGAUUACUCCAUGGCAGCGCCUAUUGGUGCAGUUCCUUUCCACUCCCUUCCAUUUGAUAACUUGCUCGUACUCACGAUCAAGACUCAAAUCGAAUAUUAUUUCUCCAUCGAGAACCUUUGCAAAGACGAAUACCUUCGACAGCGCAUGGAUUCCCAGGGAUUCGUCCCUCUCCACUUCAUUAGUGCGUUCUCGCGCAUCAAGCAGCUGACUGUGGACAUGAACAUCAUCCGUGCUGCUUGUGAGGAUUCGACUGAAGUCGACUACGUGGUUGGCGACGAUGAGUGUGAGCGACUACGUCGGCGACACAAUUGGGAGCAUUUCGUUUAUUCUAUGGAAAAUCGAGAUGAACUGGCCCGCAAUGCUGGCCCUGCGAGCGUCACUUUCAAGAACAGACACUACCAUUUCCCUGGCGGUCAAUUUGACGACAUCGCUGCUAUGCCAUAUGGUGCACAUGCUUAUCCUCAUGGCCCUGCUCUCCAACAAUUCGCACCACAUGACGCAAAUGGGGUUGUUCCAAAUGGCAACACCCAGCUUUCUGCGGCUGUUCCCGACUUCUCACCUUCUGGGACAAUUCCCCUUGUUGGCCCUCAGGGUGAGGUCCAAGUCACCAGCGUUGAAGCUUUGACCAAUGGUCAUGCUGAACAAACUGCGCCGCUUACCAACGGUGUGCAUAUUGAGGAGGCUCACACAACCCAAUCGUAGCCCCCCCCCGAAAUGGAGUACUGGCUGUGGCGGAGAUGUUAGGCCUCUGUCAUUUUCAUGCUUGAAAAGUGGCGUAUAUGAGAGAGUUGUUUCUUUUUUUCCUUCCCCGGUCUGGGUCGAUACGAAUGAUGUGUCCCAGAUUUAUAAGUGUUUACGAAUUUCAUGCUGUGGCCCGGAGCUGGCUUCAUAUUCACCAUGAACUAAAGCGUGUUACGAUUGUGAUCUCGCUUGUUCAUAGGUCUUCAGUGAAACAGGCUGUAUGGAUGUCUCAAUGGUUCAUCUAUAGCACUCCACUGUUCUGGGCCAGACAGCAAACGGGUGGUUGGCGAGUUGUUGAUAGUAACUUGCGUUGUACGUUAUAGUGCUAUAAGUGCACCAUGGGGCGACAAGAGGUCUAUACCUAAGGUCUCCUCCUAUCAGAAUUGCUCGAAGGAAGAGAACGACGUACACGAGCUACAGAUAUUCGAUACCCUGGUGUACGAGGCUAUAAUGAAAAGCCAGUAACCAUUGGAGAGGAAAAUUCGGAAUGAAGGUUGGCUAAACAGCCUGAUGUAUUGGUUUCUGUUGGGGCGUAUUCCAAGGAUGGUUUUGUGAAAUGCGAAGGCACGCUACAAGUUGGAAAGUUGUGCGCCAGAACCUCAGCGUUACAUGCGAGGGAGUGCGGCUGGUGCUGGGCAGUUGUAGUGACAGGUCACAGAGGCGAGCGGCAAGUGUCGCUGGAUGAUUGCUAUACCCGCUACGCUGGAUGUUCACGGGGUGGUCGAUUACGACGGCAUAUUAAAAGGAUUAUCGUCAUACCGGAUGAAAGAAAAAGGCAUGGGUGGAAAAGCAUAUGGGCGUACGGUGACAUUUAGCUGAACUGCAGCAUCUUUUUUUUUUUCUCGACUGCAUAUGAAAGGGGUUCAAGGAUGAUUUCGAUUUGGACUUGGUUCUGAUUUUACUCAUGGAUUCUGAUGUUAGAGGGGACUCUCCAAGCUUUGCUAAAAAUACGGAGUUUUUUAUUCUAGUUUCAAAAGUUGUACAAUAGUUUCAUUAUUCAAGAAAGAAAAAAUCAUGUCGAGAAACAUCAGGCUUCUGCUUGUCUUGAAAUCUACUGGAUGCUGUUGUACUACUGCUGCCCGUUGUAGGUGGAUGGUUAUCACGAUCU